UUCAAUUCUCCAUCCAACCAUUUACAUUCAUUCCUGCAUCAUCUCUCUCUCUCUCUCUCUCUCUCUCUCCCCGAUUGGGAUCAGUCAUCCGGAUAUCUAUCUUUAAUUCGUAGUUUCGACCUCUAGUCAGUCAGUCAGUCUGUCUGUGUGUGUGUGUCCCGUCCCAACUGCAAGAUCGAGAAAUGGCUCGUGCUGCGAAUGUCCCGAAAUUUGGGAAUUGGGAAAACGAGGCGAACGUGCCCUACACAGUUUACUUCGACAAGGCAAGGAAAAAUCGAGGAGGUGGAAAAAUGAUGAACCCCAAUGACCCACAACCACAAGAGAACCCCCCCGAGUGGUUUGCUGCCUCUGCUCACCGCCCCUCAACGCCAACGCCAAGACCCAGAUCAGGGGAGCUGAUCAAGAAGAAGAUUGUUGGGAAUAUUAACGCUGCUGGGAGAAGAGGAGCAAUUAGGCCAGCUACAACAACACCACCACCACCAGAGGAGAAGGAAGAAGAAGAUGAAGAUGACUCGAAACGAUACUUGUUUGAUAAUAACAACAAUAACAAUGACAAGUCGGCACAGAGGCAGCCUCAGCGUGCAGCAGGUCGAUCCGAGCAAUUAAGCUUUGCUGCUAAUGUCAGAGUGAUGGGGAUGGGGAGAAGCACCAAUACCAAUACCAAUAAGCUGGGAUCAUCAUCGCCCAUUUGGGAAGGAAAGAGCCAUCAUGAUGGUGGUGGUGGUGAUAAUGAUGAUGAUCGUCGACGUCGUCACAACCCCAACACCAAUAUUAUUAAUCAUCAGCGCAAUUGGGACGGGAGAUCCCGCCUGAACCCACCCGCUCAACAAACCUUGGACAGAGGCAAAGAAUUAGGCAAAGGCAAAGGCGGCGCUGUUGCUGUUGUUCCCCCCUUCGGUGGAUGGAACGAGCAGUCGGCUGAAAACUUCAAUUUCACGCACGUAUUCAACAAGGUGCGGGAGGAGAGGGAGAGGGUUAUGGUUAUAGAUACCGCACCCGCCACCCCAACCCAUUCCUCAUCUCAUUAUAAUGCCGUCACGCCCCCACGCUCACGCCUGCCUAUUAAAUCUUACUAUAAGAAAGGUUGUUUCCGUUGGUGGUAAAUCAAGGAAAUUAAGGACGACUUGUUUGGUUGCAGCAUCUUAUUAAUUAGCUCAUAUAUCUGUCAUUUGCAUGCGAGUGUUUUUGUGGACUUUAUUUACUUUCUACAUUUUUUGUUUAUUUAAUUACUAGUCGCAUUUAUGUUAUUUUUGUUGUAAUAUUAUUAUUGGAUAGCUAAUAAAUAUAUUAAUUUUCUCUACCGUUACCUACUAUGUCACCAUACGUGUAUGUUGUUCAAAUAUGUAAUGA